ACUUUUGCUUACCGUAGAGGUACCUGAACUCUUUCCGCCAUGGACAAAAAUCUUCUUCUUUUGUUCGACCGCCCUAGCGAGCCCGUUUACGUGCCUAAAGGCGAGGGAAAAGUCAGCUUUGAAGUUCCAACGAACUACUUGCCUAAGAAAUACCAACCGGUAGCCCAAAGGAUUCUAAGUCGUUUCGGCGAAGAUUCUCUAUCGUCAGUGCCCAUUAAGCCAAUUGCGAUCCCAGACUUGUCUCUGGUUUUGCAGCUUAGCCGAUAUGACAGCUUCUCCUUAUUCAUCCCCGCUCACCGAAAAAUGGCUACUCGUCUUACCGAGCUAUUCUUGGGUAUGCGAACGAUCGAGGACUUGUUAUCGUUGGCUGCCUACACCCGAGACCGCGUGAAUCCCCAGAUGUUUAUUUACUCGUUGUCUGUUGCUAUUCUGCAUCGCGACGAUACUAAGCAUCUUUCGGUUCCCCAACUCUCCGAGAUUUUCCCUGAUAAGUACAUGGAUAGUCAAGUUUUCAACCGGGCCAAGGAAACUGCUAACGUCGUGCCUGCUGGUUCACGCAUGCCUAUUGAAAUCCCAUUGAACUACACUGCAACGGAUGUUGACCCCGAACAUCGUGUAGCCUACUGGCGUGAAGAUGUUGGUAUCAAUCUUCACCACUGGCACUGGCAUCUCGUUUACCCUUUCGAUGGACCACGAGUAGCAGUCAACAAGGACAGGCGUGGAGAACUCUUCUAUUACAUGCACCAUCAAAUCAUGGCUAGAUACAACGCCGAACGCCUCUGCAACGGUCUCCAACGCGUCCAACCUUUCAUAGAUCUACGUUCACCGAUCCCGGAAGCCUACUUCCCGAAGCUGGACCAGUUGGUUGCUGGGCGUGCUUGGCCAGCUAGACCAACAAACAUGACUCUUUCAGACAUCAAUAGAUCAGCCGAUAAAUUGAGGUUCGACAUCUCUGAUAUCGAGCUUUACAGGAGUCGUAUGUUAGAAGCUGUGCAAACUCGCAGAGUUCGUAACGUUCAGGGCGGUACUCAGAUAUUAGACGAGAACACAGGUAUUGAUAUUCUUGGAAAUAUGAUGGAGGCUAGUAUUCUUAGCCCUGAUCAAACCUUCUACGGUGAUCUGCACAAUUUGGGACACCUUGCUAUCUCUUACAUCCACGAUCCAGACCAUCGCUACUUGGAAUCGUUCGCCAUCAUGGGCGAUUCUACAACCGCUAUGAGAGAUCCAAUCUUCUACAGAUGGCACGCAUUCGUUGACAAUGUCUUCACUCAGUUCAAGGACAGUCUACCAGCUUACAAUACGCAAGAUUUGGGCUUCCAAGGAGUCACGGUGCAGGAUAUCCGCAUCACCAGCCCAGGAUCUAACCCCAAUACCUUGAACUGUCACUGGACUAAGAGCGAUAUCGAUUUAUCGCGAGGUCUGGACUUCACUCCUCGAGGAUCAGUUCUGGCUCGUCUGCAGCAUCUUAACCACGAUGAGUUCUCUUAUAGCUUUGUUGUAAACAACACGAACAACCAAGAAGUGACUGGUACUGUGCGAGUAUUCAUUGCACCAAAGUACGAUGAGACUGGACGAGCUCUCAGCUUCAACGAUCAACGACUGUUGAUGAUCGAAAUGGACAAAUUCACUACCAGGCUGAGGCGUGGACAGAACACGGUCAACCGCAACUCAGUUGAAUCAGCUGUGACCAUUCCUUUCGAGGCUACCUUCCGCAAUUUGAAUGAUAACAGACCAUCCGACUCAGAUCUUUCUAACUUCGACCAAUUCAACAUUUGUGGUUGUGGAUGGCCCCAGCAUAUGCUUGUACCUAAAGGUACAAGACAGGGCUACCCUAUGGACAUGUUCGUCAUGAUCUCCAAUUACGAAUUUGACAGGGUCAACCAAGCAGAGCCAACUGGCUGCCGUGACGGCGUCAGCUUCUGUGGACUGAAGGACCUCAAGUACCCGGACGCACGCUCAAUGGGAUACCCAUUCGAUCGCGUGGCGCGUGCUGGAGUCACAUCGAUGUCCGACUUCCUCACCCCCAACAUGAGGGUGCAACAGAUCACGGUCAGGUUUACCGACACCAUCAAAGCCCGUCAGCCAAGUACUCUGUAAGUCACGAAACUCACGUGAUUCUGAAAGAUUGUAUGGAAUAUUUAAUUGAAUGUAUAUUUUAUUCGAAAGUGCAAUUGUAAAAAUAUUGACCAUGAGGUCGCUAAAAAUAUAAAUAAAAGAAACAGCAUACACUAUAA